AUGGCCGCCGAGAGCGCCGUCGGAGGCUGGACGCCUGGCGGCGGGUCGUCGCUACGCCCGCUGCCCAACACAAUACCGUCCCAAACACAGGCGGACACUGGGGCUCCACCAUACUACGUCCCCGAGGCGGCCAACGACCCCACCUCGAACCGAUACCCGCGCACGUCGAUGCACUCGGACGACUCGUCGGGCGGGUGUGGUGACUGCAUGCGCACGACGGCCGAGUGGAUCGACGACCGGUGCUGCUGCGGUUGUUCGCCGACACAACGGUCGAACGAGCUGUGCGCGUAUGUCUGUGUCGCCUGCGUAGGCGGGUGUUGCGGCGCGUGCAGCAAGGCGUGUUGA